AUGGACGAUUACGAAGAAGAAUCACCAGCAGACUUUAAAAGUGGUAUUAUGGUAUUUUCAUUCGACAGGCAUGUGUACAUUGGUGCAAAUAAUCUGUGCAAGGUUGUCAAAAAGCACUGCUCAAAUUAUUUUAAUAUAGGAGCUUACAAAUGCGCAAAAAGUGCGUACCAGGAUAUUCACGAUUUGGAACCUGAUGCGAGUUCAAAAAGCUGGCAUGCGCUGUACAAUAAAAUUAGCACCAUGUUUGGAUACUUUGAUGCAAAAAUUUAUGAAUGCUUCAAUAAAAAGUGGGAAUAUCGCGAUGAUAGCUAUAAAGCUGACGCCUUCAUAGCAUAUUUCGGCUGUAUCACCAUUUUUGUAGGUUUAUUUUUGGUUUUGUUCGUAUGUUUUGUGUGCAGCUGCAAAAAGGAACGAUAUUUAAGAAAAAUGCGCGGCGAAUAUGUUAAAGCUAAUCCUGGUCUUGGGAUGGAUGGAAUGCAAGCUAUUGAAAGCGACUGUGAAAAUGAGGAUAUUGGUUGUUUCAAUGAUGAGCAUAUGAGCGAUUAUGGAAGUGUUACCGAUUCUGAACGUGUCUAUAGUGAUGAAUAUAGCAUGGAUAUGGGUUUGACAGCAGAAUCAAAAUAUAAUGGUGCUAGAUCCAGUGUUUCAGAACACUUCGCACGUUCUUGUGUGAGCGUACCAAGCUUACCCGUCAUCGAAAAGCGAGACGCAAGAAAUACAUCAAGAAAAUGGGAUGAAAGCCCAAGCAGCACGCAUUAA